UCUUCCCCAUUAGGAAAGCAUGUGAAGAUUCUCUUCUGGCCAUUCUCCCGGAACGACAAUAACCUUCAAGAGAUUCAAGAUGAGCACCCAGCUCAAGUAUGUGGUUGAGCAGCUCAACAAAGAUCCCUUUCGGAGGAACUAUAACCUGAUCAGUUUUGAUGCCUUAGAGCCACUUCAGCUGUUGCAGGUGCUCAAUGAUGUCUUGUCUGAAAUCAACCCUCAGCACAAGCUUGACAUCAGAGAGGAAACACCAGAUGCCACAGCAAUGAGAAUGCUGGCUGAACUCAAAGUCCUCAAAUACAAGCCUUCGGUGGAGCCGGCUACCUUUCGGCAGGGCCUUGUAGCUGGCAACAAGCCUGUGGUCUAUUCCAUCUUAGAAUGGUUAUUCCAGAAGAUGCCCGAGCUGAAGAAGAGGGCGUAUCUAGCCAGGUUUCUUGUAAAGAUUGAAGUACCUGGGGAAAUUCUGCAGGAGGAGGCUGUUAUGGAUACAUACGCACAGUACGAGGCGCUGGUCGAUGGGUUCAUGGAGCUUCACAGGACCUCAGAAACACUGAAGACGUCGGGAUUCUCUACGACGGAGAUCAAGAAAGAUAUCUCACAGAUGGAAGAUGAGAAAGAUCAACUCACAAAGAGAAUUGAAAGACUCAAGAAAAAGGUGGAGACGGUUCCUAAUUAUGAGCAUAUGAUGUCCAUUGCAAGGAAUUUCAGGAAGGAACAAGAGAGAGAAGCUUCUCUCGCACAGCAGAGGCAAGAGCAGAAAAACCAGCUACACCAUGCCGAGCAGAGAUUACAGCGCAUGAAGCAGCAGCUCAAAGAUUUAAAGCAGUCUACAGUUGGAGUAUCGGCUGAUGACCUGGUGAAGAAACUUGAUGAAGAGAACAAGGUGAAUGCUUACAUGUGCGAGGAGAAGCUUCCAAAAGACCUGGAGAACUUGAGGAAAGCCUGUCAAGACCUGGAGAGGGUCGUCAACGAGCCGGCCAUGGGACAGGGAGACCUUGAAGAGAUUCAGAAUCAGAUCAAAGCCGUCAACGCCGAAGUCAACGGCUUGAUCGAGAAGCGAAUGAUGAGCAACGAUCCCAAGGACGACAAGCUCUCCCUCUUCCGCCAACAAGCCUCCAUCAUCGCCAGAAAGAAGGAAGGUCGAGCGGAUGCCCUGCGAGAGGCCAAGGAAGAGCUCAUUCAAGCCAAGCAGGAGCUCACUGAGAAGAGGGAGUCAGCGAAAAAUCUGGAAGGGGAGGAGGUCUUGAAAGGAGAUGAAUUCAAGCGAUAUGUCAACAAGCUGCGUGGAAAGAGCACAGAUUAUAAGAGGAAGCGUCAAGAGUUGGCAGAACUGCGUGCCGAGCUUGGUGUCCUCUCUCGGACAGAGGAAGUCCUCAAGCAACGAGACGAACAGAUACAGCAUCGCCUGUCCAAAUUGGAAGCGAAGAAGGGCGUAGCUGGUUACCAUGACACCCAAGAGGAGUUAGAGAAAGUAUCUACAAUCAAGAGUGAAUUAGAUGAUGUUAAAGGUCGCACACUGGAGGAUAUGUCACACCUGGUACAAAAGUUGAAUACGAGUAUAGCAUCCAAGAAAGCAAACCUGGCACCCAUCAUUAAGGAGUUGCGCCCUCUACGUCAGCAGGCACAGGAGAUGCAGGGGGUUUAUGACGACAAGAAGACGGCGUAUGACACCAAGGCAGCUGGGCUGGAAAGCAAUCGUUCAAAGCUUGAGCAGGAGGUGAGAGCUUAUCGCGAGGAAUGCAGUCAAGAGGAGAGCCGAUAUCACUACCUUCAUUGUAUGCUGCAGAUUGUUGAGAUGCAGAACCAGCGGGUCGCCAGCGAGAUGAAGGCGUACACCUCGGCCGAUCAGAUGGAGAAGAAGAAGGCUUUCAGGGAUCAGUACACGCGCAAGCUACAAGAGCAAGAAAAUCUGGGCAAGAGUUUACGUGAGAAGCAGAAGGCGGUCAAGGAGAGCCAUGGUCCAAGCAUGAAACAGAUGAAGAUGUGGGGUGACUUCCAGCUCCUCAUGGAAUGCAAGAAGAGAUGUUUCCUCGACCAGAGGCAGGACCAGGACGCCGGGAGGAUAGUCAGGGAUGAGGCGGCCAACGAGGAGAGGCUUGUUCUCUAGGACAUCGUCAUCCAAGGGUAACAAAUAUGAUAUUCGGGACCACAUUUUAGGUUUGACCCAAUAAUCUCUAAUGAAGAUUCCCUCAAAAUAUUUCAAAAUACAUUCAAUAUAAAGAGAGAGAAAAUAGCCACACACUAAGUGGCCAUUUACAUUGUAUGGCAGGAGUAUCUUUUAUUAAAUAUUUAGAAAUGUUUGAAGCAUAACAAAAAUUAACUCAAAUCCUAAGUUGACAACAAAUAUCCAUAAAUGUUUUGACCAUUUUGAAGAAAAUGAAAAUCACUUCAGUCUUUAAAUUGGCAACCCGGUGGAAUCUUCAAUAUGUCGCCUCAAUUAUAGGCAGGACCAGGGUGCCGGGAGGAUGGUCCGGGAUGAAGCGGCCAACGAGGAGAGGCUUGUUCUCUAGGACGUGGUCAUUGAAGGGUAACAAAAAAAUGCUACAUGUAUUCAAGAUGAAAGUGCGAUUUGGUUAAACAAUGUUUGAUGCAGUCCCAAAGUUGCUACAUCAAAAUAAAGGGGGGAAAUCCACAAAGUAGCCAUUUCAAUUGCAUGUAUGUCUAUUGAAAAAAUAAUAAUUGAAGAAUGGAAGAAUUUGAAGACAUGUGUUUGCAAAACUGUAGGCAUCGUGAUAUAAAGAAGAGAAAUAUGAGGAAUACCAAAGUAAUUACAUGUAUAUUAUAAACAAGUUGUGACUCAUAUACUGUUCAUACAUAGUGUACAACACUAUUUGAUGAAAUUACAUAAAACCUGUAGCUCAAUUUCUUUCUUCAUAUUUCAUCCGUUUGUUAGUUCUUAUCCUUUGGUGGUUGUGAAUGUUAUUUGAACUGAAUUCUGCACAACUUUCCCCUUUAGUUGCUACGAUUGACUAUAAUAAUUAAUGUCUAAUCGAUGAUAAAUCUUAUGACCAAGAUUCAAUUUCAGUUUUACACAUGUUUUCCAUAGACACUAGACCAUGCUUUCUGUAGCAUAGGGCUACAUUGGUCAAAGCCUAGCAUCGUGGGUCACUGUGGGUAUAAAUAGAAUAGAUAAUGGCUCGUAUUCUGAAGUCGGGUUUAAGUUAAACUCAGGUUUAAAGUUGUUGUUUAAGUAUGGACAGCCAAUUGUUACAUAAAUCACUAACAGUAGAGAUAUAACAUUUCAGCUCAUUUGGCUCUCAAAUCAUUCAUAAUUGUCUAGGAAGUAUAAAUAAGUUAUUGUCUUUACAAUCGAUGAAUCAGGAAAGAGCACAGUAAACAUAAGAAACAUACAACUUAAUAAAUAUUUUGACACCUUUGGCUUCCCAUAAUUUUAGCACAGAGUUACCAUGGUCUAAGUUAAACCCGACUUCAGAAUACGGACCAAUAUGUUUAAUAUUUAUACAUUAUAUGUACACAUGUAUAUAUCAACAGAAAUCACCUUGAUCUGAUAAAAAGUUAUAUACAUUCAUAGAUUGUGAUAACAUGUAAAUACCUCUAUAGCAAAGAAAAAUUAGCCUCUUUAUUACAUGUACAUGUAACAUACACGUAUGUCAGUUAAAAGUGACUAACUAUAAGAUUUUAUCAGCACAAAUACAUGUAAAUCUAGGUAUAUUGAGUCAACAUUACUUUUAUUGUCACAACACUUUAAAUACAAUAGGCUUCAAUUACGGUUCCAUGACAUUUGCUCCGGCGACAAUUGCUCCGAUGGAAAAUCUACACAUUAAGCAAAACAUAAAACAUAACCUCCAAAACUAAAUAAACCCUAAUCGUAAUCAUUACAAUAUUCUGAACCAAACACUCUAUCACAAUCCUAACUCUAAUCCUAUGCCUUCUGAGAUAUUGAGACCAGAGCAAUUGUCGCAGGAGCAGAUGUCGUGUCACCUAAAUUACAACCAUGAUAAAUGACAUUAAAUUAUUUCCAAUACUUGCAUUUGAAAGAUGGAAUAGAUGAAGGCCUGUGCCUAUAAUUUCUGUAACAAUGUGUAUUGUGAAUCAACAUUUAAAUCACCUAUUGCAUUUUUUAAUUGUUCAGUUGCUCAUCUAUUAUAAUGCUUCACGCAAUUACUUGAUACAUUUUAAAUUAAUUUUGAUUUGGGAUAUCAAGUCAACUUUUUUUUUUCUGUUAAAAUAACAUGGACUUUGUGAACUGUAGAAUGUGUGUGCACCUUUGAAAACUUCUCAAAUAUUUAUAGUUUGAAUCCUGUAAAUGUGUGAAAUUGUGUAUUGUACUACAUUUGUAUUUAAUGUAUUUGCAGGAGUAAAAUAGAUUAUUAAAUCUCCUAAAAUAACUUUACAA